GCCAUGCUGCCUGAGCAAUAUUCCAGCUGUAUUUUCCUCGCUUCCUUGUUUGAUUGGCUGUAUAUUAUCUUCCAGGUGUCAGUCUCAUCAGUUUGAAGCCAAUGGGAUUGCAGCGCUAAUAAAUCGUCAUUUAGCAGCGACAUGCUGUAAGUUAACUUGGUGCGCGUGUCCAUGGUAACAGGAGGGAUGCUGCGGUCCACGGCCUGCAUGGCUAAACCGGCAUCGGAUUUGCGGUUGCGGGCUGCUGUUAAUAAAGAGAGACCGAGGAUGGAAAAAUCCGGGCGUGCGGCCUCUGGCAAAAUAAACCACCAGAAGGCAGCCCAAAGAGGGGGGCUCUGGACGCCCCUAGGUCUGGUGAUCUUACUGUCAUUCAUCACUAGGUUCUACAGCUUGGCAGAACCGCCCCACGUGUGUUGGGAUGAAACCCAUUUUGGGAAGAUGGGCAGUUACUACAUAAACAGGACGUUUUUCUUUGACGUUCACCCACCCCUUGGAAAGAUGCUGAUUGGUCUUGCUGGUUACAUGAGUGGUUAUAAUGGAUCUUUUUCCUUCUUGAAGCCCGGCCAAAGCUAUGAAACACACAACUACCUGGGGAUGAGAGGUUUAUGUGCCUUCAUGGGUUCCUGGCUCCCACCAUUUGCUUUUCUUAUAGUCUUGGAGCUAUCUAAGUCCUUGCCUGCGGCUCUACUCACUGCUGCGCUUAUUAUUUUAGACACUGGCUGCAUCACUUUGUCACAGUAUAUCCUACUGGAUCCGAUCCUGAUGUUCUUUAUUAUGGGAGCUGUGCUGUGCAUGGUGAAGUUUCAGUCCUGUGCCAAAAAGCCGUUUAGCUCCUCCUGGUGGUUGUGGCUGAGUCUGACUGGUGUUAAUUUGGCUGGAGCUCUAGGAGUCAAAUUUGUUGGACUCUUUGUUGUUAUUAUGGUGGGUCUGAACACGGCUCAGGACCUGUGGCAGCUGUUGGGGGAGCUAAGUCUUACAAUGGAUGUUGUUUUACGGCACUUGGUUUCCCGUAUACUCUGCUUAAUCCUGUUGCCUCUUAUCCUCUAUUCAAUCAUUUUUGCUGCACAUUUCACUGCACUCAAUAAAAGUGGCCCAGGAGAUGGGUUUUUCAGCUCAGCAUUUCAGUCUCGUUUAAUUGGAAACAACCUGCACAAUGCCUCAAUGCCCCAGUACUUGGCUUAUGGUUCAGCUAUAACUAUGAAAAGUCUUCGCACCGCUGCUGGGUAUCUGCACUCACAUUGGCACUUAUAUCCAGAAGGAGUCGGAGCACGUCAGCAGCAGGUCACUACAUAUUCACAUAAGGAUCAGAACAAUCUGUGGAUUAUAAAGAAACAUGACAGUGAUUACGAUGCUGCAGCCCCACUUGAGUUUGUGAAGCAUGGGGAUACCGUCAGGCUGGAGCACAAAGUGACUGGAAGAAACCUGCACAGUCACUAUAAAGAGGCACCACUCACCAAGAAACACCUCCAGGUUACAGCAUACGGCACGAACGGAACGGGAGAUUCCAACGAUUACUGGAGGAUUGAAUUAGUUGGUGGUGGGAAACGAGUGAACGUUCUGAGGAGCCAAAUCCGCCUAGUGCACCUGUUUACCGGCUGUCUGCUCGGAACCUCUGGUAAAGCCCUGCCUAAGUGGGGGUGGGAGCAAGGGGAGGUCACAUGCAGCCCGUAUCUCAGGGAGAGCCCCAGCACCCUUUGGAAUGUGGAGGAUCAUGAGAAUACAAGACUUCCAAACAUCAGUGUGUCUAUUUUGAAGCCCACCUUCCUAGAGAUCCUUGUUGAGUCGCACAUUGUCAUGCUGAGGGCAAACAGUGGCCUAAAGCCCAAGGAACAUGAAGUGACUUCUAAACCUUGGCAUUGGCCAAUCAACUUCCAGGGGCUUCGAUUUUCUGGUGUUAAUGCCACAGAUUUCCGUGUAUAUCUAUUGGGGAAUCCAGUCAUCUGGUGGCUGAACUUAGGAUGUCUGGGACUGUACAGCCUCGUGGGCCUUAGUGCUGCUGUGCUGUUACAGCGAGGGAUCGCCAUAUCAGACCAUGUGAAAGAAUGCUUCACAGUCCUCCUGGAGGGCGGGGGACAGUUGCUGUUGGGAUGGCUGCUCCAUUACUGCCCUUUCUACUUCAUGGGACGGGUGCUCUAUUUCCACCACUACUUUCCAGCCAUGCUUUUCUCCAGCAUGUUAACUGGUUUGACAUGCUGUGUCCUGUUGAAACUGUGCUCCAGGUCCCUGUCUCACCCAAUGAAAGACAAGAUAUACAUGACCGGGAUAUGCUUUUUGUUCCUUGUACUUAUUUACAGCUUCUACCUUUUCCAUCCACUGGCAUAUGGCAUGGUUGGCCCUCUCGCAGAUGAACCAGGGAGUGUCAUGUCUGGACUGCGCUGGAUGGAUUCCUGGGAUUUCUAGGGACAAAUUCCACUAUGAAUUUAAUAGAAACAAAUACAAGGACAGUGUUAUCCCAAGUAUAUAAAAUCAAAAGUACAAAGCAGACUCUGGCUGGCCAGAGGAUGAAGAAAGCACACAACCUUUUAUGUAGCAGAUCUUCAUACCUUCCUUGAUGUUGGAACAGUACACUGGGAUUAGUAGUUUUUUUUUACAGUAUAUAGCUGUGUUCUUUAUAUUAAUUUGCCAAUAAACUGAUAAGUGUAGACUUGAGGAAUAAUCUUGCUUUGUUCAGCAAGCUUAUAGACUUGGUAGAGAGUAAGGGUUGUAGAUCUUUGACCUAGGACUCUGAUAUGGUCUGCAUGCCUCAAAUGUGAGCUUUGUGCUUGGUAGUAAACAGAGCCCUGAUUUUAUCGGGUUAUUGAAGAUUUGUAUGAUUAUUUUGUUCAAUUUAAUGAAUAUAAAUCUUUAAUCCUUUACGUUAUGUGUAUGCUGCAGCGGUGUAAACAGUCAUACAUGGUGCCACUUGUCUUUUUAAUAUAACAUUUUCAUUUACCGUUUUGGUCCAGGAAAGCAUAACUUUACAAUUAGUUGGUUCUCUAAUUGGUAUGCUUUUUUAUAAUUGUAUUUUAUAUAUUGGCUUCCCACUGCCAGAGCAGAAAAAAGAUCUCCAACGGACAUUGCCUCCUGUGGAAAUGCCCCUGCUGUGCUCAUUUUCUAUGCUUUAAUUAUGUCUUCCUCUGAUCUGCAUCUCUCAAAGAAUGAUGUCUCAUGCUGCCGGAUAGGAGUACCUAGGAUAAAAAUCUUGAUAAUCAAUCUCCGUAACAAAUUCAAGCGAAUAAACAGGACAAUUAAUGUCCAACACCUGUGUUUAUCAGAGAUUGGAAUACAGAAAGGUGCACACAUCCCUACCUUGUACAAGGUAGCUAGAUAAUGUGUAUCUGUAAAAUAAAAUAUAACCCUUAUUACUUAAAUUAAACUAGCACAACAUAUUUAUACUAAAUAUCACCAUGGUAAAGAAACAUUUCUUUCACAUUACUUAGUAGUUCCCCUUUACCGAGAGAAUAGGAUUAACCUGUUAAGUUGAUAACAAAACAAAAAUGUAAAUUUUUUUUUCAAAAUCAACUUGUUAUAUUUUGAAAGUUAGUUUCAUACUUUUUUUUAUAUAUAUAUUAUCCGUUUAACGAAUGAACAAUCAAAUUUAACUAAUUGUCAUUAAUUAGUUAAAAAUACCAUUUCUCAUAAUGAGAAAAAGGAGUUAUGAUCAGUUGCCCGCAAACAAAUGCAAACUUCUUUAGUAGUGGCCUCAGACAGGGAUACAUUUCUCUUUAUGUGCUUAUUUUUAUAAAACCAAUAAAUUGUAUACGUUUAGGUCUGCAAAUCAGAUACAGUGUGUUUGGUGAGCUCUUAGAAGCAGGUAACCGUUUUUUGAAAGCCUGAUCAGAAAGCGUCCUUUUAGUAUGUAGAAAAAUGUCAAUAUUAUGAAGUUAGAAAGUGGCCUUAGAUGGGUCAGGUGAUCUGUGUAUUUGAGCUCUCUUUUUAAUUAUGAGUAUUCUUUUUUCGCUUUCCUGUUUGUUUGAUGCUAGCAGUGAAGGGGUUAAAUCCCUGCACCAUCUCUCUGCUGCGGUCAAUUGAUGGGGUUGCCAUGGGAAUGAGCCCAUGAGAGGAGCUCUGCAGAUUAGGAAGCACCAGACUCCUAUUCUUCCGUUGGGCAAGGAGGUGCAAUUAUAGCUUCAGGAUGCAGGGACAGUAAUUGUAUCUGACUGCUUUAACCACUUCAUUACACUUUGCCCCCACUGUACAGCAGGAAAUUCUUGGUACUUGUGCUCACAGUGGGUUAAUUUGACUGAACAGCUCUUGAAUGAAGCUCUGGCUCAAAGAGAAGAUCUGGGGAAAUCUACAGUCUUGGAUUUAAUCUAUUUCUUAUAUUAUGGAUCAUUUUAAUUCACUUUCUCCCAAUUAAACUGCCUUAAUUUCCUCUGAAAUGUAGGCACAUGUUACACUCCUAAAGUGAUUUCUCCAAAUUACAAAUAACCGUUGGAGAAAAUACCAAUGAAAAUCUUACACUACAGAUAGAAAUAAAAAAGUAAUGAAAUAUUACUGACUUUUUUUGUACACUAAUAUUUUGGUAUGAGUCUGAAACCCAAUUGAGGGUUUUCUAAUAAAUUAUUUUAUUGUAUUGA